GCUUGCUCAGCAGAAUUAAGAGGGCUGUUCAGAAAAUGUGGCUGGCUUCCAGUUCAUUUGGUGCUUUUGCAUCUAUGUGACUGAAGGACUUCUCUGAUCCUUCUCUCGUCUACACAGUCAGGAGGUAGCUGGCACUGACGUCCAAAAUUGCAACAGACACGACCAUACUAUUUCUUAAAGUCCCAGCCUCUGCGGUGCAAGAUCUUAUCCCUGACUAGGAGAUGAUCCGAAGAGGCCUGACCCAAGCCUGGAGGGGAGCCUGCCUGGAAACCCCACUGCGUGCCGCCAUGAGCUCAAUCAUAAAGGUCCCCAAAAGGAUGUCUUCUGUCAUGGAAGUGAAGGAAAUCUUCCUCAAUGCUGACGCUGUUUGCUUUGAUGUGGACAGCACGGUCAUUAGAGAAGAGGGCAUUGACGAACUGGCAAAAUUCUGUGGUGUUGGAGAUGCAGUGGCAGAAAUGACUCGCAGAGCUAUGGGAGGUUCAGUAACGUUCAAGGCAGCUUUAACUGCACGGCUAGGCCUCAUACGACCUUCCUAUGAACAAGUGCAGAAAUUAAUAUCAGAGCAUCCACCCCAGUUAACGCCAGGAAUAAGAGAACUUGUCAACCGGCUCCACCAGCGAGGUGUCCAAGUCUUCUUAAUCUCUGGAGGAUUUCAGAGCAUUGUCGAACAUGUUGCCUUGCAGCUAAACAUUCCAACAGCGAAUGUCUUUGCCAACAGAUUGAAGUUCUACUUUAAUGGAGAAUAUGCUGGUUUUGAUGAGACGCAGCCAACGGCUGAGUCAGGUGGCAAAGGACAAGUCAUCAGUUACUUGAAAGAACAGUUUCAGUUUAAGAAAGUGGUUAUGAUUGGAGAUGGAGCAACAGACAUGGAAGCCUGUCCUCCCGCAGACUGUUUCAUCGGCUUCGGAGGCAACGUUGUACGGAAACAAGUAAAGGAAAAAUCAAAGUGGUACAUCACUCAUUUUGACGAGCUGCUGAAAGAACUGGAAGAACGAUAAAUUAUUAACUAGGCUUAUUUUAUUAACACUUAUUGUAGGUAGAUUUAUAAUUAUGCAAUUACACAUAUUGUUAUUUGCAAA